CAGGCAAUGUCUAUUAACCAACAACACAGCGGAAACAAGGGGAGCGGUUGACAGCCAAAUCAAGCUAGCUAGUUACCCAGCUAUUUUGUGGUAAUCAUAGGGAGAUUGGCUAGUAAAUCCACAUUUCUACUUCAUAAUGGAGCUGUGUGAAAUACUGUAUAACAAGGCUGAAUAUAUAGAGACGGCGUCUGGUAAUAAGGUCAGUAGGCAGUCGGUACUUUGUGGGAGUCAGAACAUCGUGCUCAAUGGGAAAACCAUUGUAAUGAACGACUGCAUCAUCAGAGGCGAUCUUGCUAAUGUCAGGGUUGGAAGACACUGUGUCAUAAAGAGUCGGAGUGUGAUUCGUCCCCCAUUUAAAAAGUUCAGCAAGGGGGUGGCAUUCUUCCCAUUGCACAUUGGGGACCAUGUAUUCAUAGAGGAGGACUGUGUAGUCAACGCAGCUCAGAUAGGAUCCUAUGUCCACAUUGGGAAGAACUGUGUCAUUGGUCGUCGCUGUGUUCUGAAGGAUUGCUGUAAAAUUCUGGAUAACACAGUCCUGCCCCCUGAGACAGUGGUUCCUCCCUUCACAGUGUUCGCUGGUUGCCCAGGUCUGUUUUCAAGCGAGCUGCCAGAGUGCACACAAGAGCUGAUGAUUGAUGUCACCAAGAGCUACUACCAGAAGUUCCUCCCUCUCAGUCAGAUCUAAUGCUGUCACGUCAAUCUCCCAUGGACCAAAACAGAAAGGACUGAGGGGCCUCCAUCUUCACAAAGGUUCUCCGAGUAGGAGGGUCCAGAUGCAGGAUCAGUUUUGAGCUCUAGUUCAAAUGGAAGCAGACUGAGGAAAUGGACACAUGGAGGAUCUUUAUGACUAUGCGUCCAAACAUUUAAUAGGACUAGAAAGGCAUCUCUCAAAGUGGUGUAGACCUUAAGCCACCUGCUCAUCAUAAACUGUAAAUGCUCCUUCACCAAGAAAACUAUGUAAAUGUAACUAUGUAAAUGCCUUGAAUACCUUGUCAGUACUCAUCAAAAUAUGUGUGCAGCAUCAGAAGCUUUUUAGUGCAUUUCCAUUGAUCAGGAGUAGGACUUUCCAUUGUCAAGGACGGCUUUCAGUUUGAAUCCUCUCUGUAUGUGGUAUCAUUGUUCCAUGGCAAUUUAUUCUUUCGUGCCUGUGCCUCAUCUGAUAGUUGAGGUUAGUGUGGCGGGAGCUGUCUCGGGUAUUUCACCCUUGGGUGGUGGAAGCCGAUCACAAGACAGAAGCCAUGUCACAUGAAAAAGAACAUGACCAGUUUAUUUUGCUUUCCGGGCCUAGUAUUUAUUGUGAUGUUAAACUGUUCAGCACAUGCAACACUAAAAUACUGCUUGUGAGCAGCAUUUUCAGCUUCACAUGGUUGCUAAUAAAUUUAUUUUUGAUUGUCUCAAAA